AUUGUUUAAAUGUGUCAUUCGGAAACGGACAUACGCAGCGACAAGUUAAAACAUUGACGCAUGCGCUGUAAGGAGUUAUUGUGAUAAUUCUCGAAGGAUAAAGAUGUCGGCCAUGAGUCCCGGAGUACAAAAGUAGAAGAAAACUACACAGUUGAAUGUUCCCAUCCAUCCUCGGGAUGGCACAUCAACUUCAAUUAGAAAAGAAAAAGUACAGACAAUGGGUGAAGGCCGGACUUGGCUUGGGAUACUUAAAAGAAGGACUUGCGCCUUUUUGUGACGAUGUCGCAAAACAACAACAUAAAGACAUAUUAGAUAACAUUAAGCAAACAAAGAAUCUAUCUACUGUGACAUGUGGUCAGUGUACUUUGAGAACCCUUAAACCAGACCAUGUUAAAACCGGUAACAAACAAUGUCCUUUAGGUCAAGCUAAUUGUAACUGCUGCUAUACGAGUGGUAAAACUGUCUGUCCAAACAACGUAUGUGGCGCCAUAUAUGACAACAUUUUAACUAACCAUGCGUCCACACCACCAGCUCCAAACUGGAAAAACACCCUAACUCAGCAGUGGAUAGGAGAUCCAUGGAGUAUAGCUAAAAGUUUCAUCAACGCCCCUGGAUAUGAUCGGAAGACAUCAGCAGCCGAAAUUGAUUGCACGGGAUUACUGCAUGUGAUUAUCAACAACAAAUAUUUUCAUAAUCACAUUCAGUGUAAUUUAGCCGGAUCUAAUGUAUUUUCAAAGGUGAGACAAUAUAGAAACAAAAUAUUCCACUCGAGCACCAUGGAACUAGAGGAGGAAGAUGCCAAUACUUACAUAAAUGAUAUGAUAGCUGUGCUACAAGAUGGUAAGGAACUGAUCAACCUAAAAGAUGCUCAGGAAGCCGUAAAGAAACUUGACAAGUUGAAGAAAGACGAUUUGAUUAUUACAACAAAAAGUGAAGCGGAUGUGAUUCAUACGGCUGUGCAGUCAAUAAGUGAUACUAUAGAUGAGGUCGAAAACAAAUUACGGAAUAAAACAGAAAACAUACCUACCACAGAAGUUGUGGAAGGUUUAGAAACGAGAGUAACACUGUUGGAACUGGACAUGGCUGCGGUAAAGGAGGAGAUGAAAGAGCUUAAGACAACACGGUCAACUCAACGAAAUCAAUAUAGUUACAUCAAGUCCAAAUUAGAAUUUCAAGAAAAGCUGAUGAGCCUUUACAGACAGUCCCUGUUACAAGUGUCGGCAAUACCAUUGCACCCAGAGCGUAAACACUGCAACUUCAGCGAGGUGUAUGUUAGACCAAGAAUAACCUAUGAGAUAAAGGAUGUAAGGGGAAGGCCAUUGGAGACUGAAAUUCAGUCCAUGUCUGAUAUCUUUACAAAAGACGGAAUCCCCCAGAAAUCCAUUUAUGUUCUUGGAGAUGCUGGAUCCGGCAAAAGUAGUUUCUGCAAACGUUUGGUAAAUGCCUGGUGUUUGGCACAUUCUAAAGACCAGCAUGAGGAAGAUGAAGAUACGUUUGAUGAAGUCAAGGAAAUGAAGAAAUUUGAGUUUGUGUUUUACAUUUCUCUUCGUCAUUGUAAAUAUGACGUUGGAAUUCAAGAAAUGCUAGAAAGACAAUUUAAGGAAAAGAUGCUUCAAAACACGCUUUUAAAGGAGGAAUCAGCGAAGGUUCUUAUUCUUCUUGACGGAUUAGAUGAAUGGUCUCCUAAUACAGUAUCGUCUUAUCAAUUCCAGACGGAAGGCCUUCCAGAACGUGAUCUGUAUAAGGAAUAUGUUGUCAUUACUACAUCACGACCGUGGAAACUUGGAACGUUGGGAAUUACCGACAAAGAGAUCGACCAAAAAUUGAAACUGAAAGGUUUGGACGAAUCGUCUGUUGAAGAAAUGAUCGAUAAUACAGUUCUUAUUUUGAACCAUACAUUUAAGAAAGACAAAGACUCUAGGGAUUGUAAAAAUGAGAUGGCUGACAAUAACAUAAUAAAAGAUAUUGACGAUACACCUAUCAUCAUCCAACAACUGAUAUGUCUUUGGUUUGACGACAAACUGCAUGAACACUCCAGGUGUGCAAUAUACACUGGAAUGCUAGAUCUUUUCUUUAAAUGGAACGUUAAGAAAUAUCCUGAUUUUAUUGGCAUGCGGAAAAAGUCAUCUGAACUAAGAGAUGUUCAACUUCCUGAAAUUCUUAUCAAGACUGAAGAAUGUAAAUAUUUUAAAUAUAUCAUUCAAGGCGUAUCACGGCUAGCGUAUGAAACAUUGUUCAGUACCUCAAAAGAAAUGUCUUUGACAUUUGGCAGCUCUGUAUUUGAAAAACUGCAACUAGACAGUGAUAUAAAAGAAUGCUGUUUGAAACUAGGAAUCUUUUCUGAAGAUAGAUGUCCAAGUUUGUCUGCAAGCAUAAGUGACAGUUUGUUACUUUCCUUCGUUCACAAAUCAGUGCAAGAAUAUUUGGCUGCAUUGCAUAUUACUAUUAAGUUUAAAGCAUCUGCAGAUUUGGAAAACGCAGAAUUGUCUGGUCAUUGUGAACAACUUAUUAAAGAGUUGUUCAGCAUGUGCACGACUUUGGAUGAAAUAUUAGAACAAGCGAAUGUGUUCAUAAUGCUAUGCGGUCUGGAGCCUCGAAUAGCUACAUCCAUUUCAAAGUAUAUAUACGAUAUUGUUACAAGGGACAAACGUGUUCUAGAGUACAGACGAACGAUAGAUGAUGAAUACAGACAUGAAAACAUUAUAUCAAAUACCCAGAAAUGUAUUUUAAACUGUAUAGAAGAGGUCCAAGUAUGUCAAACAAAUAUUAUGCCUAACUUUUAUGUAGGAGACCUUAUCGUACAGAGUGAGUCAGAUUGUGAUCAUUUCCGUACAGGCAUCGAUAAGCAGUGCAUUUCUGCUGACAGUGUCCGUUCGUUUAGAGUAGAUCCGGAUGAGGUGGAAGAGUAUCUAAAGACAGUAUUGCAAUAUUUGCCGAGAUGUCGGCAACUUGAAGCAAUACACAUUGAUGCUAGUAUAGGCAGCUAUGAGAUGGAUGAUGAAGAUAUCAAGUAUAUCUGUGGAGCUAUUGAACAUAAUACUUCCACGUUGAAUUCACUGUUUAUAUGUUUUAAGGAAAAUGAUAAUUUGAAACCUAUGUAUAAAACAAUAGUCUGUUCUCUGCCUGAUAUGAGUCAUCUUGUUGCAUUACAUGUAGAAAGUUUCUCCAUGCCACAUGAAGACUUGACCUCACUAUGCAGUUUCCUAUCAGGUAGCAGUCAUCUUGAACAGAUAUCGAUUUUCGAUAUACGCUGUGAGACUAGUACAGACAGUAUGCUCAGUACAGACGACGAGUUGAGUAGUGACAGUGAGUGCAGUCUGGACAUUGAGUUCAACAUAGCCAGUGAGUGCAGGACGCAGCAUGUAGUAGAUUUAUCCAAGCACCAGCAACUUCAGUAUCUUCGGCACGACGACAAUGUCAUGGUGACUGGCUUUAACACUUCAAACUUGGACAUAUUUAUAUACAAAUCAUUGAACAGUACACAUUUUUUGAAAGUAUUUGAUAUCCUUAGUACAACUAAAAAGUUAACAAAACUUGAGUUGUGGUAUGAUAAUUUUAAUAUUUCAACACAUAUAGUUGGUUCAGACAAAAAUCCUUCCUAUCAUACUGUAACAGACAAAUUGAUCACAUUGUUACCAUUAUUGUACCAGCUCCGCGAUCUUCGUUUAGAGGAAUUAAGGUUGACUGACAAUAUAAUAAAAUGCCCCAAUGAGAUGAAGAGUAUGAAGAUCAUUGAUCUUGGUGGAGUCAGGAUGAGCUUGACAACAUGGCGGCAGUUUGUUGAUAGUCUUCUUCUAAUGCCGCUACCUGUAGAGGUGAGAGCAUGGAACAUGUGUAUAACAUGGGAUGGAGAGGAAUAUCACCCUGAGUUAGACCAGGGUAAAGAAGGAGAUGGAGUAGCUGCGUGGCAGUAUGUUAGAGAACAGAAGGCGUUGUUUAAUAUGAAAUAUGAAAAAAGCAAUUCAAUUUAUUUUUCAACAAAGAAGUAUCAUUCAUCGGUAUAAUUCAUUACUGUAACGAUACUCAUGACUUUCCUUUUCAAUCGUAUUGUACUGAUAAUUGAAAUAAAGAAAGUGAGCCAUACGUGGAAUCAGUUUCUAGUAUACAAAGUUUAUAAUUGCCAUGAGACAAUGCUUUUUACUGUUUGGUUUUUAUAUUAUUUAAUUGUGUGUGUUUAGUUGAAGAAUAGAAUAUUGAAACAUAUUAAGGAAUGUAAUUUUAAAACGGUCUUUAAAACCAGGUAGUCUCAGUUCACGUGUUGUCUUCAGCCCAAGUUUAUUUGUAACCGUCUUUAUUAAAAACAAUUUAUAAUGAAAUGUCUAAAAUUAUAUACACAUCACCAGAACAGAAUUACUACAAUGUUUCUUUUUUUUUUACUAGACAGGACUAAGACUAGAUGGAUGUUUGUGAACUAAAACUAUGAAUAGCAAUUAGGAUAAAGAAAACAUUUCAUAUGUUAUGAUUUAAACAAGAUCAAGAUAUAUGUUAUCAUUGCCAAUUAUCUAUUUGUAUAUAGCAUUUUGCACUUAAUAAAAAUCGUAUAUUUAA